UUGUAAGGAUUGGCUCCUGGCUAGAUGACGGCAGAGAGCAGCACAAUCACUAGAGCCAAAUACGGCCAGCUUAUCUGCCCUACCGGUGGGAGGUGCGGCACUUUGUCUACAUACAUGGUACCGGUACCUAGUUGGAUUCCAUGAGGUUUAGAGCAUGUGUGCUUUCUAACAAAUAUUCACGAGCCCUUCUCAGUCUCUUUUCUUCGGCGGAAAGAACAUUUCACGGCAUUCUUUCCAAGAAAAGUCUGCGGACGUCCAAUAUCCAUGUUUCGAGUGUUCUGCAUCGUUGAUCAAGGCAGACAUCAAAACCAACCCGGCAACAUACCAUCACAAACUUUGAAAGACAAGCAAAAAAGACAACAACCGAAAAGUAGAAAACAGACUUGACUCAACUCCCGGCAUGCAUGACUGAACCACCCAAAAGCGGCCCAAUCACACUUACUUCUGAUCCGAUCCAGCCAUUGGUCUCAACGCAACCCACAAAAUCAAAAAUCAGAGAUUGAAACAACAACAAACAUCAUGUUCAUACUGCAACAAUUUCUUCGUCAAGAUGAAAAAAGAGUAAUGAUCAACUGCUGUCUAGCAUUGAUCGCACUGCGUAACUCCAUGGUUUCAGCCAAGGGCGGAGGCUACAGUGGCGGGGGUGGGUCCACAAGCAGUGGAGGUUACUACGGUGGAGGGUAUGGGAGCUAUGGAUCCAGUAGUGAUGGCGACUCUACAAGUGGCCUUGUCAUUGGGAUUUCUGUAGCAGUUGCUGUAGGGGCGUUCUUUGUUUGCAGUACGUUGUCGUCAACGGCACAAAACCAAAAGGCUUGGAACGCAGCCUUCCUCGAAGCCCAGAAAGAUGUCAUGGAACCAGUUACAGACGUCACAAGGAGCAGUACCAACUAUCAUUUGAAGUCUUUCACUGAGGGAACUUUCGUGGCUUCGUAUAAUGAUAGCUCGUAUCAAAACGGAAACACGGAAGUGAGUUCAAACGGUACGCUCAAGUUCAAACGCGGCGACUCUGCUUCGCCACCUGCGGGUGGAACAUCAAUCAGCGCAAAGACCCGAUCCAUUGUCGGCAAUGGAACUGACAGAGACGGAGACUUCGUUAUCUCAAAUGGCAAGGUAUCAUUGGACACAGGGAAGGCAUAUUGGGUAGAAAAGGCUAAAGGAAGCAACAUCAAGAGCUUGGUGACAGGGAAGUUUUCCUGGAGUCAAAGUUCCAAGUGUAUUAUUUUCGCUGGAUCUUUCCGGUGUACCAAUGGAGCCAAAGGCAAAUUCUCUGAGUUCAAAGUCUUGACACAGGAUGAAGAACUAACUUCGGUUGCAGGUGCUUUCGUGGCUGAAGUUGAACCUCGCGUGGAAUCAGCCUCGGUGCCUCCAAUGGCUACGGCCGUUCCAUUGGAGAGUUUCGGUGCUGCAGCAGUGACUACCGAUAUUCCCUCCAUAUUUGUUCAGCCCUCCUCAAAACCUUCAGCCUCUCACCCCGAACUAUCAGCAACGGUGGAACCAAUUGCACAUUCCAGACCGUCAGCACCGGUCGACGAAACCAGGUCAUCCAUUCCUGAUGAUUCAUUUGAUGAUGUUUCGGUAUAGCGGGGCUGCUGCCUGGAAUUGCCAGUACAGUCUCAAUUGUGUAGUCUUUUAAACCCAAAAGUAUGGUUUCUGUAACACCACCCAAUCGAAGCCCCGCCCCUCAGGGCUGUCCUGGCUUUUCUUACUACUACUAGCUAGAUACAUACAGCACCGCGAUGUGCACUCAGAGACCUGAUAUCCAAUUUUAAUUCCUUCCGAGUUUUCAUUCCAACACCUCUUCGAAUGGUAAUGCCACGUCUGCUGAAGGG